AUGAGUGAACAUAAUAAGGUAGGUAUAAAUGUAUGUAUUAAUACAUUAAUCUAUAUUUUUAGAGCUCUUCGUCAGACGAGUCUUGGACAAAGUUGGCUCUUCCUUAUGACGAGUUUGACAUUUUGCUUACGGACAUUAACGAGGCCAAACUUGCGGAGGUAAGAUGAAUGUUUGUGGCGUACAAAAAUCAAAAAUUGAAAAUUUCAAACCUGUCCAAUUUCUUUUCAAACUAAAAUAUUUUUGUGGAAAGUUGAUGUACUAUGGAAAGAAAUCCGUUAGCUCUCAUUUUCAUUCAAAUUGGACAAGCAUGAAAUUUUCAUUUUUUUGAUGUUUGGACGCCCCAUUCAAAAAUAAUUCUCAAUUUUAUGAUUUCAGAUUGGUCACGCAAACGAUGUCGUUCAUUUGUCUCCCGGCACGUUCUCAUCGCCUUCUUUUCCAGUGAAUGGUCGCAUUCAUGGCCCGAACAUUCGAUAUAUGGUUCCGCUUGUUUGUCAGUGUGCGGGUAGGAGUUUAUAUGUAAAAAAUCAGCUGCAUUAGUUUUUUUGCAGGAAAACCGAAUUCAAAAGCCAUCAACAUUUGGUUCCUAUGCAAUAGCGGUUCGCCGUUUACAUGUUUGUCGGUGAAAUCAUUGGAAGCGUUACUCGGAUCGGGCAACGCCACGCAUACCUUGUACAAUAUUGCAAUUCAGGUUUCUUUGCCCUUUUAUGUUCAGUAUAAAACUAUUUGGUUUAGGAUCAGAAGAGCAAAAUCGAGUGCCACGUUUCGAAGGCUCACUACCAAGAAGUCAACAUUCUUGGAGCUGAUUCCAUGAGAAGAUUGCGAUUGUCUUGUAUCGUUGAUUGGGAUGAAGAGACUUUCAAGCUCACCAAAUGA